UCGAAAAAAAAUUGAGUUCUAAUUUGCUGUUUCGAGAAAUUUCUGCCGAGGAACAAUGUCGUCUCUAAUAAAUAAUGGGAGCCUGGCGACGACUGCUUCGAAGUGUGAAUUAAAUCCAGCCGAGUGUGAUGAAUCUAUGUCGGAGAACCCUCAGUGGUUGAGUGUUGUGGAGACGAGUGCCCGUGUACCAGUCGUGAUCUUGUCUCUCGUGAGCAGUGCAGUCGUCUUAGUAGUUGUGGCGUUCAACCCGAAUCUGCGUCAGUCACCGGGGCUCCUGAUGGCGAUCUUGUCGGUUCUCGACAUCCUCAUCAUCCUGGGGGACUCUACUAUAGUGUCGGUGCAGGUGGCUAGACAAGCAGCUGCCCUUGAAGUGUACGAAAACCCAAUCAUGUGUACCGUGCAAUUUAUUACGUACAACUGUAUAGAUGGUAUGCAAGCUACCACUGUCAUGGUUUGUGCUAUGGACCAGCUGGUGGCCAUAGUAUGGCCUCUGUACUACCACUGCUUCAAGAGCAAAGUGAACAAAGGUCUCUUUGCGACCAUGAUCGGGUGCUGGUUGGCCAUGAUUCCCAUCCCUGCCUUGAUGUUCUUCAAAGCGGAACAGAUCAAUUGGGUUGCCAGCUUCUCCGGCUGUGGAGUCUACAUCAAGUCCCACGAGCUCAUCAGAGCGAUGCUGCUGUCGCUUUACACAGUGCACUACAUUGUGCCAGGAGUGACAAUAGUGGGCUGUUAUGUGGCCAUAGCCAUCGCCAUCCGGAGAAGCGCCAGAAAGAGAGAGGAGCUCAUGCUGGCCACUGGACAACACAUUCAACCUUUUGUCCACCAGCCCAGCGCCAAAUCCCCCAGACAAGCAAAAUGCGCGGGUGAAGAGCAGGCAACUUCUUCGGGAAAAGAUUCCGGAAAGUCGAAAUUUGCCAUUGACCUGGACCCGUGUGCGAUACCAUCAGCCCCAGGAGCUGCAGGCAGUGCCCGCUCUUGUAGGAAGAAGCAGAUGCAGAUCUGUCGAACCCUCCUCACCCUCACCCUUCUAUACUACAUCUCAUUUCUACCCUUUUUCGUCUAUCAGGUGUUGCACUACUGGAGUUUGCUGCCCAUCUACCCGGCCCUGUUCCGCCUGCUGAGAGCGAUGCGAUCCAUCAGCUGCAUGAGUGACGGAAUAGUCUUCUACGUCAUGAACAAAAAGUUAGUCCACGUUACGAACUUAACGCUAGUCCACGGAAGAACAAAGUUUUAG